AUAAGGAUUAUAUAUAUAUAUAUAUUGAAAAAUUCUGCAAUGAAAGUAUAAGGACAAUGGCAGUGAUUUAGCUGGCUGGUCGGAAUUUCUCUUUGUAUCUGAGUUUUUUUUUUCCUGUCUGAGGAAGCUUGCUAGUUUUGCUGCUAUUUGCAGAUUCUCAACGUGAAGGCAUCAACAUUGAAGUUUCUUUUAUGUCCGAACAGGCCACCUUCUAUUUGGGAUUGAUUGGGUUGCUAGGAGAAUACUGUCCUUCGUCAAGAAAAAAGAACAGAUCAAUAUCUCAAAGGAUUGGCUGCAUGCAUCUUGGGCCAUUUUCGGAAUAUCCUGAGUUUUAUGGUUGUAAUUAUAUGCAACCUUUCCUCACUGCAGAAGACCGGUCUUAUCUUGUCCAGAAACCCAUAGAAGACAAUUUUGCUGCUCCCUAUUCUCCAAAUUUUAUCAUUCGCUCCCUGUGACAUCCAGUAUAUUUUUCAUACGAUUUUAAACUGUGGUCAAGAUGGCUUUACAGAACAUCGGUGGAAAUAAUGAUGAUGCCUUUUACAGGUAUAAGAUGCCCAAAAUGGUUGCUAAAAUUGAGGGUCGAGGAAAUGGCAUCAAGACAAAUGUAGUCAACAUGGUUGAUAUUGCAAAGGCAUUGGCAAGGCCAGCUGCAUACACCACAAAGUACUUUGGUUGCGAGCUAGGAGCACAAUCUAAAUUUGAUGAGAAAACUGGGACUUCUCUUGUUAAUGGGUCCCAUGACACUCCUAAACUUGCUGGCCUUCUCGAGAAUUUCAUUAAGAAAUAUGUCCAGUGUUAUGGUUGUGGAAACCCUGAGACUGAGAUUCUGAUUACCAAAACUCAGAUGAUCCAACUGAAAUGUGCUGCUUGUGGCUUUGUGUCAGAUGUGGAUAUGAGGGACAAACUCACUACUUUCAUUCUGAAGAACCCUCCCGAACCUAAGAAGGGAUCCAAGGACAAGAAGGCUAUGAGGAGGGCUGAGAAGGAGCGACUGAAGGAAGGUGAGGCUGCUGAUGAGGAGCAAAAGAAACUUAAGAAAGAAGUGAAGAAGAAGGGCACUACGUCUUUGAAGGAUGGCAACACAAAAGCCAGCUCUUCAAAGAAGAGAGCAAGUGGCUCUGAUGAGGAUCGCACAUCACCUACUCACAGUCAGAUUGAUGAGAAGGAAGAAGCUGAUGAAGACGAUGAGGAAGAUGAUGUUCAAUGGCAAACGGAUACAUCACUGGAGGCAGCUAGGCAGCGCAUCCAAGAACAACUGAGUGCAGUGACAGCUGAUAUGGUCAUGCUUUCUACAAAUGAGACAGAGAAGAAGCCUGCAGCAGCAAAUAAACUAAGUGAAAAUGCUGAAAAUGGAAACUCAGUCAAUCACAAAACACUUGCCGAUGAGGUGAAAGAAAAUCUGAAGAAAGGCAUCUCAGCGAAGCAAUUGCAGUCUCUUCUGGGAUCACUUUCCGGCUCUGCCCAGGAAAAGAUGAGUGCUCUGAUUGAGGGACUAUUUGAUGGCAUUGAAAAAGGGUUUGCAAAGGAGGCCAUUAAGAAGAAGGGCUAUCUUGCUACUGCUGUUGCUCAGGAUGAGGGAUUGCAGUUGCUCUUGCUUCAUGCUAUUGAGGAGUUAUGCAGGAAGAAGUCAAGCACAGGUGCGAUGAAGGAAGUUGCUCUUGUUUUGAAAGCACUAUAUGACGCUGAUAUAUUGGAGGAAGGGUUCAUUAUCCAGUGGUAUCAAGAAGGGAUGAAGGGAGGCAACAAGGGGUCUCAGAUCUGGAAGAAUGCUAGGCCCUUUAUUGAUUGGCUCCAGAGUGCUGAGUCAGAAUCCGAAGAGGAAUGAAGUGUGUUCUUAUUUCACUUUAGUAACCCUUUUUCCUGCAGGUGUCUACCUUAUCUUGCAUUUCGAAUAAAUGGCUGUCUUCUGGUCCUUGUUAUCCUAGAUGAUGUCUUCAAUAUAGUUGCUUGUUCUGUUUCCUGUCUGUUUGUUUAGUUGUGUCAAAACUUCGUUCUCCUUUGUAAUGGACGUGUCUUCAUAUCAACUCAUUUUCACUUUGUUAAGAAGAAUAAAACUCAUCUUUGUGUUUGUUCUAAUAUCUUUUGAAUGUACAAUUUGCAUAAUUUCGAGCUUGCUGACA